GCAUACAAGCGAGCAAUGCUAAGUGUGACCAAUCAGAGAGCAGGGACAGAGAAGGUUAGAAUAAGCCUGUCCCAAAAGGAGCCUGAUGUCACCACUGGGGGAAAUGCUCAGCAUAAAGCCCUGGGAGUGACCAGCUGGGAGGUGCAGAUUCCCAGGCAGGACGCCUUCGAUAGGCUCAGCCUCAGCCCAGUCACUCUGACCAACAUACUGAGGGACGCUGGGCACCCUGAGUCACCAUGGGCAACGAGAACAGCACCUCGGACCACCAGGAAGACGCUGUUUCAUACAACACCGUCCUGUGGCCUCCAAACCCUGACCCUCCACAGGCCUGUCUGUCGUCGGGUGACCUGGGACUGCUUUAGAGAGCCACUCCACCCUGAAGGUGGCUGCCAGAGGACUUCUUCAGUUCAGAGUCUAAGAUCACUGCAGCCACCCGGGAACAGUCAAACUCCACAGAAGCAAGGAGACUCACCUGGAUCCGGCGCUGCAAGCACUGGGCUUGGAGCCUCCUGCUCUGCUUCUGAAAGUGUUGCCAGCCUGGAUCCGAGCACUGUGUCCCCAGAGGUGACUAAGCCAGGGGAGCACCCACAGGAAGCCAGGGACCCAGAAGAUUCUCCACUGCCCAGAUCAUCUCUGCCCUGGGAACAGCCGUACCCCUCAGCCUCCAUGCCUUUCACGGAGGGCCUCUCAGAAGGUUGCUUGGCAAACUCAGAAGCGGAAGUACCUGAAGAUGGUCCCCUCACAAAUCACCUUAGAGUGGAACCCUCCCCCAACGGGCCAGGGGAUAUCUUACUGACAUUUACUCCUGAAGUGGAUGGCCCCGCACAGCGCACAGUGGCUGCCAGAACCCCCAGUGCUGAAGGAGACCAAGAGCUGAAGGAAGAGGGACAGAGCUCAUCCUCCAGUUGCACUGGCCAAUCGCCAGGAAUUUCCUUCGUUCCUCUCCAGGAGCCAAAGACAGAGCUGCUCUAUGGAAAGGGUGACUGGCCUCGUGACUUUGAGUUCCAAAGGAAAGAUGAUAUCGACAAUUGUUCCUCCCCAGAGUCAGUCACUAAAGCCCCUGCUGCCACUCAGCCGGGGAUGCAAAAUUCAGCUGUCCUUGAGUGCCCCCCAAAACUUGAGACCAUGGUCCCACAAGAUUCAGUCCUAAGAUCCUCAGACAGUAAAAAAGGCAGAUCGGAAGUGCUACCUAUGGAUUUGGCCAAACACGUGGAAUUUCUCGGAGGCUGCCAUCCCUCUAAAGGCAACUCUGGAGCUAACCCUGGAGCAGGAACAAGCCCUGCCUCCCAGGAAAGCUGUCAGCUGAGAGUGGGAAUGCCUCUGCCAUCUGCAGAACUACCUUCAGGCCCACAAGGCCUUACCACAGCACGAGCAGACGGUGGCUCCUGGGAAGAGACUCUGGACACCAGCAGCGCUCAGAGCCAACCACAGACAGGGACAUCAGGAGCUGAGCCCCAGCAAGUUGUCUGUGUGCCAGCAGCCAGCCAGCCGGGUGGGAGCUUGCUUCUGAGCGCCAAGGCCCCUGGAUUCACUGGAACAGAGGAAAGACAUACGGCUUCAAGUCCCACUGCGCGCCUGACAGCUUGGAGUUCUACUGCCUCAGAAGAACCCACGGAGGCUGUUUCUGAGACGAAGAUGUCAGUUUCUGCAGAUCUGGCUGCCACAGGACAGAUGGGUCCAGGGGUGGUGGAACUGAAGCCAACAUCAGAUCUUAGAAGAACACAAGAACAACCUCCUGAAGGUAGCUGCCUCCAGUGGGUUCCUGCGCCUUUCUUGCAGGGGCGAAAUGAUACAAUCCAAGAAGGGCUGUUGCUGCCACCUUUCUCCCAUCAGGUUUCAAAUGAAAGUUCUAGAAGGUCAAUGGGACCAACUGAUGAUCCCAAGGCCUCCAAGAAUACUGAAAAUAGAGUUGUGGCUAGAGAGGAAAGCAUACCGCAUGGAGACAACCGUAAGGGACAGCAAGAAGCCACCAGAGCCCUUGCUGGUACAGAGCUUAGGAACCAUGACAAAGAGAAGUCUCAUGCCUUUCGUGCCAAGCCCCGUGGGGACACUGAGAAAGAUGACAUUUCAGAGCUACACAGUAAUAAAGAGAACAAGAUUGUCCCCAGCUCGGACUCAACACAGCCACCUAGGCAGGAGGUUGCUGAAUCCCAUAUGACCGACACAGCUACCUCACUGCACGAAGUCCACGAGGAGGACCCCAUCCUGUCCUCCGCAUCGGAUGGAACUGGUGAGCACUUUCUUCCCCAAGAUGCCAUCUGGGAAAGUUCAAGAUUGCAGACUGAAAGCUCUGUCAUGCUUCAGGCCAGGGGAGGAUUGGAAGCAACAGAGUCACUUCCUGUUUUAGAAUCUGAGAAAGCGGAUGCCCUGCCUGCUACAGCUAUGGAGGAGGAGGCACCCAGAGCUGCGGAGAUGGAGGAUGUACUGGAAGUAAAGAAGGACCACUCACCCUUGCAUCAGCCCUACAGCUGUGCCGGGCAAGGCUUGCCGAUGUCCCCAGGCCAACCUUGUGGGCUGGAGAAGGUUGAACCUGGACAGGAAGAUCAUGCUGAUACGUCAUCUCCCCCCAAUGGGAAAAAUUCAACAAUAGGCGACGGACUUACCGUGCCCCGUCUGGAACAAGACGGUCAGAGAAAACUGUCCUGCCCAGAGGCCAGUCUCCCACCACCUUUACAGAACCCUCUCCUGUCAUCUCAACUAGACCCAGAUGCAGCCAUCUCUGCUGUUCUCUGUGACAAGGACCAGUCACCUACAAAUGGGCAAAGGGCUUGUCUGUGUGGCCCAGGUCUGAAGGAGCAGAGUACAGAUCCUUCUCCAAUCCCAGUGUCUGAGGAAGGGAAGCCUUGGGCAGACGUGAGCUUGUCUACUCAAGGAGGAAAGGAACAGGGGUCAGAACUUCCCUCCAAAGGCAGCCUGUGCGAUACUCCAAGUUCAUCACCCAAGGGUACAGUUCUGGGAGGGGCACCGUCAGAGAUGUCAGAACUGUCAACCCCACUGGGACAAGAGCUGCCUGCACUAGGGGGAAAUGAGCAAGAGAACACGGGCAGAAACAGUCAACCCUCGGAGAUCCAGCCUCCUUCAGCCUCUCUUACAGGACACUCGGGUGGAAAGGAUAGUUUCUGUGUUGGGCAGGGGCUGAGCAAGUCCCAACAGGAGCUGGCUGAUGCUUUGCAAACAGGAAGCCAGCGUGAAGAAGCACGUUGUGGGGACUCGGGCAUUUCUGAAGCCACUGGCGUCCUGCCUCCGCCUCGGGGCUUGGAGAAGAUAGAGACAGCAAGUAGAAACAUAGCGGAGGCCCCACCUGGUCCACCUGACUCAGUAGCUCUCUUGGAUACAGCAUACUGCUCUCCAGACCCAGUGCCUACCAAUCCCGGAGUCGCACCCGCCCACGAUGCCCUAGUGAGCGAGGCCUGUGAUGAGAGCCAGAAAGAGUCGGUCCCACAGCUGGAUAUGGAGCAGCGGGCCACCUUAGGUCCAGAAGAACAGAGUCCUCUUGGAAGUUUCCGGAGAGCAGAGGAACAAGAUAGUAAAGAAGGAUCAGCAGAGGUGAGUGUCGAUGCCAGCGACGGAGACCCCAAGAUGCAGCAGGCGUCAGAGGCACCAGAAGCUGCUCUGAGUAGUGGCUUCUUCCAGGCUGACCAGAGCCUCCCCUCCACCCUGAAGGAGCCACGCCAGCCUGCGAAGCUUGAGCCCAGCUGUGGGGAUGCUUUGCUGCCAGCUGGAGAAUCGAAUGGGAUUCCCAGAAGUACUGUGGGUGUUCUGACACACCGCGCUGUUUCAGGCCCACAGAGCCUUCUGCCGGCUGAACCACCUGAAGAGACUGUGCCUGACACCCCUUACCUGCAUAUCAGUGGUGCUGCCAAGAAGGAUGCCGAAGAUGCUAGCAUGAGAGCUGUUUUCUCUGAGGACCCCGGAGCACCUCAUGAAAGUCCUAUAAAGGAGCCUCCACCUGUGGAAAACGACACCCCUGGAAAGAGCCCUGCUGUCUCCUUCACCACAGACUUGCAACCAGGAACUGCACAUGGGGAAAUCUCCGUAGCAGGGGAUGGCGAUGGUAUCCCCCAAGCUGGAACCACUGAGGGACAUGUGAGUCUCACGCCCUACCUGGACAGGAUGCCUCUCCUGGUGAGAGAUGAGCAGGUGGCAAGAGAGAUGCAUGUGGCUGCCACCCCAGAAACAAAUGCUAGGCCCUCUGAGACUGCAGUGUGCCCUGCCAGCGAGGAAGCAGCAGGAGAGACAGGGGGCAGCAGAGAAAGGGCAGUAGAACUUACCCCAGACCUGAUGGUUGUUACAUCAGGUAGUGAGGGUGCAAGCUCCAAGCAGCCCAGCGUAAUCAAGGGGCUUCCUGACUUCAGGGAGCACAUCACCAAGAUCUUUGAGCAGUCUGUGUUUGGAGCCCUGGCUGCUGAUCGGACCCAUAGUGUGCCUAGUAAAAAGUCAGGAGUUCCAAGCAGUAUGCUGGUUGAGGGCCCCGUGAUCUCACUGGACUCAGGGAAGCUUCCAGAUGGGGUGCAAGGAAUGGCUGCUGCCCCUCUCCCUGUACCUCCUGUAGGACUCCAGGUGGAGAAGAAGCAAGAGUCAGGUGUCAAGGCUGAGGUUUCUCAUCCAGUUCCCCAGGAUCCAGCACCAGAGAAGCUGAUGGGUCUGGCGGAGGCAGCCUUGGAGGAGAGCCUGCCAGGUGCCAUUGUUGAAGGAGAGGUGACCCGUGUCCCACUGACAGUGACAAGUGAGAGGCUAGAGGGGACUGGGGAGCCUGGCCAGGGAGCUCAGGCUCACACACAGCAGGCAAGAAGCAGGCAGGAAUUAGUUGUGGGUCUUCCCUCUUCUAAAGCUGUUCAGGGGGUACCUGCAGAACCAGCUCCUGGCUUCCCUGUGGAUCCCCAGAGUCAUGCAGAUGCAGAUGAGGCUUCUUCUCAAGGUGACAAAAGCCAUUCUGUAAAAGAGUACCUGGAAACGCUGCCCAGCAACAGUCCACACGGAAUAAAUGGUGCCCAGGACUCUGUCCACACCAAGGGUCCAAGUAAUCUAUUAGGAUCCACCUGUGCCCUGGAUGGCUCCUCUCCUCAUGGAAGUGUUUUGAAUAUGCCCGAAUCCAACAGUGAGCCCUGGAUCCCUUCCACACUUGGGGGUGAGAGACAGCUGGAAGCUGCUGUCUGUACCUCAGAUAAGCAAAACGUGCUGGAAAACCAGGAUGGCCCCAAAAUGUUGGCUAGAGAAGUGUUGGCGAUUCCCCUGGGGCCUAGCAACAUGGCAGGAGCUGCUGAGGAAGCAGAAGGUGAUGUCACCCCAAGCAGGCCUGAGACGUGGGCAGAGGUGUCUGGUGACCUCCUUGAAACAGGUACUACAAGGAUGCUUCCCCAUGAGGCAGGUGACUCAGCACCGCCUGGGAGCUAUCGGGAUUCAGGAUGCUCCAACAGGACUCAGGUGAUGGAGGACACAGCCACCCUUCCAGGGGACAGCCAGGUUGGAUGCCAGCAGGCCAAGGAACCGCUGGGCCCUCAACUCCCAGCUCCUUACGGGAAGACGAGUGUCUCUUCCCCUCCAGAGCCUGAUGAAAGCAGUGACGAGAAGCUGCACCUCCUGGCUCCAGAAGUCCUCACUGACAGAAAGAGCCCAGGGCCUGGUUCAGCCACCUCACCUUCAGUUCUCGAGAUACACGCUCCGAAAGGCUCUUCAGCAGAGACCAGAGACUUGGGAGGAGCAGAAAGCAUCCCUGGAACCAAUGAUGUCAUCCAGUCAGCUGCUCCCGAAGACCUGGGACACCCACCCUUAGCUGAUUCUUCCCGCUAUGGUGUUACUGUCAGCUCAGUCUCUACACAUCUGACAGUCCAGAGCACCUCCCCAUCUGCUGCCCAUGCAAGUCUUGCUCCUGUGGCCUCAGAACAUGCAGCCUUGGCUUCCGCCGCAGCUGGUCCUGGAGUAGAAACCCCCACUGCCUCCUGCCAACACCUGGCCAAGAACAUAAACAGGAGUUCCGACUCUGAGGAAGCCUUUGAGACCCCCGAGUCAACAACCCCUGUCAAAGCUCCACCAGCUCCUCCCCCUCCACCCCCUGAAGUCACCCCGGAGCCUGAGGUCAUCGAACCACCAGCCCCAGAAGAACCAGGAUGCAUUUCUGAGCCGGUCGUGGUUCCCGAUGGCCCUCGCAGCGAGUCCGUGGAAGGAAGCCCUUUCCGUCCUUCGCACUCCUCCUCGGCGGUGUUCGAUGAAGACAAGCCGAUAGCCAGCAGCGGGACAUACAACUUAGACUUUGACAGCAUCGAGCUGGUGGAUAACUUUCAGAGUUUGGAGCCAUGCUCUGCCGACUAUAAGGGUCAGGAGUGUAAGGUGAGCACGCGGAGGAAAUCCACCGAGUCCGUGCCACCCUCCAAGACCACGCUGUCCCGCUCGCUCAGCCUGCAAGCCAGCGACUUCGACGGUGCUUCGUGCCCCGGCAGCCCGGAAGCUGGGACCCUUGCCACAGAUGCGUGUGGCACAGGAUCCAACAGUGCUUCUAGCACCCUUAAGCGAACUAAAAAAACACGGCCACCUUCCUUAAAAAAGAAACAAGCUACCAAGAAACCCACAGAAACCCCCCCAGUGAAGGAGACCCAACAGGAGCCAGGUGAAGAGAGUCCGGUGCCCAGUGAGGAACACUUAGCACCAGAGACAAAGACAGAAUCGGCCACACCUGAGGGCACUGGUUGCACCUUGUCAGAAGAGACAUCUCUGGAGUCUGCUGCUGUGCCCACAGCUACCUGUCCUCUGACUUUGGAGAGUGUGGAAGACGUUAGCCCUCUGGUUUCUGGAGGUGGCAGAGUGCAGAACUCACCCCCUGUGGGGAGGAAAUCAGUGCCUCUUACCACAGCCUCUGAGGCAGUGGAGGUGACGCUGCCGGACGGUGGGGGGCAAGAGGACUUGCCUGCCAAAGGGCUGUCAGUGAGGCUGGAGUUUGACUACUCUGAGGACAAGGGAAGUUGGGAGAGUCAGCAGGAGAACGCCCCUCCCACCAAAAAGAUAGGCAAGAAGCCAGUUGCCAAAAUGCCCCUAAGGAGGCCAAAGCUGAAAAAGACCCCAGAGAAACUGGACAACACUCCUGCCUCACCUCCAAGGUCCCCUGCUGAACCCAGUGACAUCCCUAUUGCUAAAGGUACCUACACCUUUGAUAUAGACAAGUGGGAUGACCCCAAUUUUAACCCUUUUUCCUCCACCUCGAAAAUGCAAGAGUCUCCCACACUGUCCCAACAAUCGUACAACUUUGACCCCGACGCCUGUGAAGAGUCCCUUGACCCCUUUAAGGCAUCCUCUAAGACCCCCAGUUCACCUUCUAAAUCCCCAGCCUCUUUCGAGAUCCCAGCCAGCACCAUCGAAGCGGACGGGGAUGGGUUGAAUAAACCCGCCAAGAAGAAGAAGACUCCAUUGAAGACUGACACAUUUAGGGUGAAGAAGUCUCCAAAGCGGUCUCCUCUGUCUGAUCCGCCUUCUCAGGACCCCACUCCAGCUGCCACACCGGAAGCACCUCCAGUCUCUACCGUGGUCCACGCCACAGAUGAGGAAAAGUUGGCCGUCACUAGCCAGAAGUGGACAUGUAUGACAGUGGACUUGGAUGCUGACAAACAGGAUUUCCCGCAGCCCUCAGACCUAUCUAACUUUGUAAAUGAGACCAAAUUCAAUUCACCCUCGGAGGAGCUGGACUACAGAAACUCCUAUGAAAUUGAAUACAUGGAAAAGCUUGGCUCCUCCUUACCUCAGGACGAUGACACUCCGAAGAAGCAGGCCUUGUACCUUAUGUUUGACACCCCUCAGGAGAGCCCCGUCAAGUCUCCUCCGGUCCGGAUGUCGGAUUCCCCAACUCCAUGUUCAGGGUCGAGUUUUGAGGACACCGAAGCCCUGGUGAAUGCAACAGCAAAGCUCCAGCAUCCAGUCCCUAGAGGGCUGGCCUCCAAUCAGGAGCCUCUCUUGCAGCUGCCGGAAAAAUCCUCCCAGAAGGAGCUGGAGGCCAUGGCCUUGGGCACCCCCGCAGAAGCAAUUGAAAUCACAGCUCCAGAGGGUGCCUUUGCCUCUGCAGAUGCCCUCCUCAGCAGGCUGGCCCAUCCUGCUUCUCUCUGUGGUGCACUUGGCUAUCUGGAGCCUGAUUUAGCAGAAAAGAACCCCCCAGUAUUUGCCCAGAAACUUCAGGAGGAAUUAGAGUUUGCUGUCAUGCGGAUAGAAGCCUUGAAGCUGGCCAGGCAGAUCGCCCUGGCUUCUCGCAGCCGCCAGGACACCAAGAGGGAAGCCACUCACCCACCAGAUGUCUCCAUCUCCAAAACUACCUUGUACUCCCGCAUCGGGCCCACCGAGGUGGAGAAACCCCCAGGCCUUCUGUUCCAGCAGCCAGACCUGGACUCUGCACUCCAAGUUGCCAGAGCAGAGGUCAUCGCCAAGGAGAGAGAAGUCUCAGAGUGGAGGGAUAAAUAUGAAGAAAGCCGGCGGGAAGUGGUAGAAAUGAGGAAAAUCGUGGCUGAAUACGAGAAGACCAUCGCACAGAUGAUCGAGGAUGAACAGAGAGAGAAGUCCAUCUCCCACCAAACCGUGCAGCAGCUGGUGCUGGAGAAGGAGCAAGCCCUGGCUGACCUGAACUCUGUGGAGAAGUCUCUGGCUGACCUCUUCAGGCGAUACGAGAAGAUGAAGGAGGUGCUGGAAGGCUUUCGAAAGAAUGAGGAGGUGCUGAAGAAGUGUGCACAGGAGUACCUGUCCCGCGUGAAGAAAGAGGAGCAGAGGUACCAGGCCCUGAAGGUGCAUGCAGAAGAGAAACUGGACAGAGCCAAUGCAGAGAUUGCCCAGGUUCGAGGCAAGGCCCAGCAGGAGCAGGCGGCCUACCAGGCUAGCCUGAGGAAGGAGCAGCUUCGAGUGGAUGCUCUAGAAAGAACGCUGGAGCAGAAGAAUAAAGAGAUAGAAGAACUCACCAAGAUUUGUGACGAACUGAUUGCCAAAAUGGGGAAAAGCUAACUGUGGACCAAGUGCUUGGCCUUGGCUGUUGUGUGCAAUACGACCGUCGGUACACUGUUGUCCUUCCGAUUCCGUGGACGGGUUCUCCUUUCACUUUCGUAUGCACUACUGUGUCCUCUUUCUAAAUAAGGUUGGUUUGACCGUAUGCAGUGCCGAGACCUACCAGGACUCCUUGCUAUCUGUUUGCAUUUUCUAGUAUAAUUCGUAGCAAGUUGACCUCGGAGUUCCUGUACCAGGAGGAUCAUCAGACUCUCUAAUAGAAUACGAAUUGCUGACCUUGGCCUUGCCUUUUGGCGAGCAGCAUCUGAAGUGACGUGAACACAUGCAGCCUGCAUCGGGACUCUUGCCUUAAGGAGUGUACAAUUGACCCACAUUUGCUGGUUUGAUUUUUUUAAAAAGAAUGCAUGUUUCAAAUAAAAUUCUCUAUUGUAAAUAAAUUUUUUUCUUUGAGUCUUGGCA